AAAGUGACAAAACAGUCGUGGUGAGACGUGGAAAUGAAGAGUUUGGAUUCAGAAUUCACGGAAGCAAACCUGUUGUUGUGUCUGCAAUUGAACCUGAUACACCGGCUGAGACUUCAGGGUUGGAAGUUGGGGACAUAGUCAUCGCUGUAAAUGGGAUCAAUGUUUUGGACAAGACACAUUCCGAAGUGGUGAAAAUAGCUCACUCGGGAUCAGAAAUUUUGGAGCUAGAAGUCGCUAGAACUUGUGAUGUUGUGGCAUCAUUGGCUCAUGAAGGAGGACCAGCUGCGUUAUACUCCGGAUAUCUAUGGCGUGCAGCGCCUCUGCGACCUCAUCAUCCACCACGCUGGACGCGUCGCUGGUUCGUUUUGAAGAGGGAUAAUUGUCUAUAUUAUUAUAAAACAGAUUCGAGUAUUCACCCAGUAGGAGCUUUGAUGCUUGUAAACUAUCAACUUACGGAAGAGGACGCUGGGCGACCACAUGGAUUUCGACUACAGCGCGGUGGCGGAACAAGGCUGCAACUUGCUGCAGACACUGCUGAAGCAGCCGCUAGAUGGCGCGCCGUACUCGCUCACGCUAUCGAUGCCAGUAACCAGCGCGAUGGAUGGCUAGAAGUUACGAUGAGGAACAUGAAGCUGCCGCCGUCUUCCAUUCUACGUCCAGACUGCUUUGGAUAUCUCAUGAAGUUGGGCUCAAAAUGGAAGUCCUGGGCAAAACGAUACUGCGUUUUAAAAGAUGCUUGUCUGUACUUCUAUAAUGAUGGAAAUAGCAAAAGUGCUUUCGGUAUGGCCUGCUUACACGGCUACAGAAUACAGACCUGCGCACCAGGCGGCAAGAAAUAUGCUUUCGAAGUAAUGCCAACUGAACCUAAACAAAGGCACUUCUACUUUCACACUGAAUCCGAAAUGGACAGAAAACGAUGGAUGGCAGCCCUGGAAUACUCCAUAGACAGAUGGAUGAAAGCCGGUUGA